GCCUUGGCUGCGUUCGCAAUAGAGUCCCCAACGAACAGACAUCCCCUUCCAGGCCCUUCGAUACUCUGGUAUCCUCACUGGGCACCCACAAAACAACCUGCGAGCCUCCGCGCGUUGAUAACACACCCGUCGCUCCCACGAGGUCGAGCAGCACACAAAAUAUAGACCAGCCGCAGUCAACACACACGUACCACACCCACACCAAAAUGCCCCACGCAGGCUAUCUCAGUGCACACCAGGAGGCGGCGUCGCUCGACCUCUCCUUCAGCUUCACCCUCGACAACCUCCGUGCCCUCUUCGUCCCGCCCGCUCCAGUCGCGCGUGGCCCUCCUCCCCCGCCCCCCGACGGUGAGCCAGAAGUUGAAGAGCACUAUGAAGAAGAGUCCUACGAAGAACCAGUCGAUGUCUAUGCAGAGCCCCGGAUGACGGGGGUGCUCUGGCCAGGGCUCGUCGUCAAAAUCUCGCGCUCCUCUGAGGGUUCCUCCUCGCGGCAACGCAAAGCGCGCCUAGCGGUACACGAUGCAGACCCGGGCAGCUGCUCGUCAGUGCUCUGUAUACCGGGCUUGCAGAUCACCGCGAGCAUACACUCGCUCAGCGGGCAAACGUACGCAACGCGGGCGCUGCGGCGGGAGCGCGCCGAAGGGGGAGGGGGCCGCGCAAUCGCAUACGCAGGCACGAUACUGGCGCAGCGGACGUUCGAGUCGACGGAUCGGAUGUUCGCGGAGAAUGCGGUCGUAGUGCGGGUGAGCGUCAAGGCAGGCGCCGCUGCGGUCGUGUCGCCGAGCGUGUCGAGGAGCAGCAGCGCGAGGGAGAAGGAGGAGAGCCCGAUCGUGAAGCCCAGCCCGAGUGCGAAGCCGACGCUGGAGCUGAUACAUCGGGUGCUGACCGCGCGGCCGGUGGGCCAGACGCGGUUCAUCGUGUUCAGGAGGCGGAGCUCGGAGGGGAAGGUUACUUGUCCCAGGGUCUUCUAUGCGAAUAUGGAGGAGCUGGCGAUGUGGUAUGAGCGGUGCGAGCUGCUCCUAGAUGUCGAGACGCACCUCGAGGGCUUCGAGCUGCCGCAAGGCGAGCGGCUCGACAAGUACAACCUUAUACUGGACGAUUUCGAACCGGAUAGCGACUUCGAGCCGGACGAAGAGGAGGAAGACGAAGAUGGCGACCUCGUAGUCGUCAGGAGCGAGCCGCAGAAGCGCGGGUGUCAGUACCCGCCGUCGUCAUUGGCCGCAGACAUAGCGAGGGCCUCUCUGAACGACGAGCACGAGGAGAAGCUGAUCGACGAUGAAGAUCCGAUGCUGGCGUCGAUGAUGUCGUUCGAGAUGGUGCAGAACAAGCGAGAGGAGGGCUAUGAGCUCUAUGGCGAGAACACGUUCGACGGGACAACGAUCGUCCUCCUCGGCGCGGCUGCACGCACGUGGGAGGCGCUGCUGUACUACCUCUACACGGGCAUCAUCGAGUUCGCGCCACUCAAGACGCAACGCCCGGCUCCGCGGCUCGGGGCGCCCGCACCUCAGAGUAUCGGCAGCAGCGCGGUGGCGGAGGGGACGAACCGCCCGACACCCGCGUCAUGCCGGUCUAUCUACAGACUUGCACACAAGUUAUCGCUCGACGGCCUGCGGAAGCUCGCGCUACACAACCUUGAGUCGCAGCUCACGCCCGACACGGUGCUCACGGAAGUGUUCAGCCCGUUCACCGCGCAGUACCCCGAGAUAAAACAGCUCACCCUCCGCUCGGUCGUGCGCCACUGGGACACGCUCGCCGCGAGCCCGGCGUUCCGGAGCAAGAUGGUGGAGGUGACGAGCGGGCGCGUCCCCCACGCUGCUGAUGUGAUCAGCGAGAUCAUGGUGAGGGUCAGCGCGGCGCGGGCGUAGGUGCCUGCCCUCUAUUUAUGAUCGAUUACUGGACUUUUGUGGGUGUCCGCUUGCCCUGGGUUGAUUGCUUUAUUUGGACCUAUCCCUGAGCUGCAAUCGAUGCUCUCGGAAUUAUGGCUGGCGGUGCGCGACGGCUGCAUGAAAUGUUGAUCAGGAGGAUUGGCAGGAUAUACCUCAUACGAACAGAUGGAACAUACACAUGAGAAGGCUGGGUGCGUACUUGGAGCUGGAUAAGACUGUCCUUACUCCGGAUAACAAGAUGAAGGACCGCUUGAUCCGAUAUCAAGUGAAGCUUGUGUGGCUGUCAGUGGAAGGUUGAGGACGAACACACCGCAUGCAGGACAUUCCUCGGGGCUUGCACGUUGAUUCUCAC